AUGGCCGACUUCAAGCCAACCCUCGACGAUCUGCUUGAGCAUGGACUCGGAUCAGGAACUCCACCUCCUGACCUGCCCGAUUGUCCAGUCUGCAUGGAGCCGUUCCGAGACCUCGCUGCAGUUAUCACACCCUGCCUUCACUGGUUCUGCAGGGAAUGCCUUACCGCGCUCGUUAAAAGUGGCCACAAAAACGCGCACAAGUGUCCUUCUUGCCGUUACGAGAUGUGCGAAGAUCCCAACAAGAAAGUCGAGGAUGCGCACAAUGCAGAAGAGGAUGCUCCUGAGCAAGAAGCGGGAGUAGGACUGGCGACCAUCUACGAAAAUAUCGACGUCGCGAUCGGUCCGGAUGGAGCCGCGCUAGACGAUUCCGAUGAUGAAGACUACGCGAGCUCUAGCGACGACGGCGACGACUCGGACAUGAACAUGACCGAUAUCGACGAUGACUCAGAGGACGACGGCCCCAAUGAAGAAGAUAAGAUGGACUCGGAGAAUGAGGACGACCCAGACGGCGACUACGAAGAAUGA